AUUUGUAAUCCCCAAUCUACUGACAUGCCUUCUACUGACCCUACCGAGCUUAUCGGAAACAUCAUCAAGAAUAUGGACAUGUGGACCAUGAGGUCGGCUCACCUGAAAGUAAGGCUGAUAAGAGUAAGGAGUAAGGAGAAUAACGAGGGGGAGGAGGAGGAGGCGGCCACCCUCAAACUCAUCACUGACGCUGUCGUCUGUACUCUGGGACAUCUCCUCACCGAGAUAGCACGCGGAGGGUGUAAGAACGCAACUCUCUGGCUGCUCCCCACAUUCAUCAACAAGCUUCACGACCAGGUCAAGGAGCACCUCAUCAAGUGGCUAGGUAAGUUCGUUAAAACGGGGCGUGGUCCGGACUUUAAUCCGGGACUCUAA